AUGCCGCUCUGUCUCACCUUCAUCGACUUGAAGAAGGUCUUCGACUCAGUUGAGACGGAAGCGGUCGUGGAAGCGUUGGACAACCAAGGCAUCCCCACUCAGUACAUAGAGGUACUUCGAGAGUUGUACAGUAACUUCACGACCGGAAUUUCGCCAUUCUACAAGAAUAUCAUCAUUGACGUGAAGAGGGCCACCCUCGAGAACGCAGUGCGAAAGUUGGAAUGGGACGACAUGGGAAUAAAGGUCGACGGUCGGCAGCUACACCAUUCGCGCUUCGCUGACGACAUCGUGCAGAUAACACCUAGCAUCAGCCAAGCGGAACGAAUGCUGACCGAAUUCGACGAAACAUGUGGAUGCGUCGGUCUUCAGCUGAAUCUACAAAAGACGAUGUUCAUGCGGAACGGAUGGGUCUCGGAUGCUCCAUUCACGCUCAAAGAAACGAACACAUCUGAAUGCACCAGCUACGUUCGUCUGGGAAUUGAACAUGAUGAACGAUCUGACCCCCGAGCUGGGCAAGAGGAGACGAGCUCUGGGCUGGUGUCAGACCUCUGCGCAAAAGCGCGCGCAAAAGCUGCAGGAAUACUUCCGCCUUCCGCCUAA